AUGUCGCUCGAAACUCUCCCUUCUCUCCCGCUCUUCCUCGAAGCAAGGAAGCAUGCGCAGGCCAAUCCUGAGAAAAUUGCCGUUAUCGACCCCACCAAGGACCAGCAAUUCACCUUCGCCCAGCUGCUCGCCGACACAGCGACAUUGAAGCAGACCAUCCUUAAGGAAUUAGACCUCACUGACGCUGGAGACCUCAAAGAGGGAAGAGUCGCUUUCUUAGUCCCCAAUGGAUAUGACUAUGUCGUAACGCAAUGGGCCGUCUGGGCCGCUGGCGGCGUGUGCGUGCCCCUCUGCACAUCUCACCCUGUCCGAGAGCUGCAGUAUACGAUCGGCGACUCUGAUCCCUCCCUAGUCAUUAUCCACCCGGCAUUUGAGAAAUUCGAGGCACCACUGCGCGAGGACAAGUCCAACUCCGAACGCCACUUCAUGAGCCUCUUGCCGUUCGCGCGAACCGCCUCACCUGCGCAAGUCCCCGAGUUCUCGCCAUUCUAUUACCCAGAACGUCGCGCGCUCAUGAUCUACACCUCUGGAACAACCUCCAACCCAAAGGGCUGCGUCACUACUCACAAAAUUAUCACCUUCCAGGCGCAAUGCCUAAUCCAUGCAUGGAAAUAUGAAUCCUCCGACCACCUCAUCCACGUCCUACCACUCCACCACAUCCACGGCAUCAUCAACGGCCUAUACGCUACCCUUCUCAGAGGCGCUACUGUCGAAAUGCACCCCAAAUUCGACCCCGCAGUCAUCUGGUCUCGCUGGCAAGACAAGGGCUCCUCCACCAUGUUCUUCGCCGUCCCUACCAUCUACUCCCGUCUCGUCGACUACUUCGAGACACACAUCCGAGGCACAAAGCAGGAGAACGCCGCGCGCGAAGGCGCCGCAGCCCUCCGCCUCCUCGUCAGCGGCUCCGCAGCUCUCCCAACCCCCAUCAAGACCAAGUUCGCCGCUAUCACCAGCCAAACCCUCCUCGAGCGGUACGGCAUGACCGAAAUCGGCAUGGGCCUCAGCUGCGGUCUUGACCCGGAACUGCGCAUCGACGGUAGCGUCGGCUGGCCGCUCCCAGGCGUGCAGGUCCGACUCACAGACAAGGAGACCGGCGCUGUAGUCGACUCCGACGACGUCGACGGCAUGAUCGAGGUGAAGGGCGACAACGUGUUUUUGGAGUACUGGCGUCGACUCGAGGACACGGCUAAGGAGUUCACCGAGGACGGAUGGUUUAAGACCGGCGACGUUGCGCAGCGGAACGCGGACGGGGCGUAUUUCAUCCAGGGCCGUGCGUCUGUGGACAUUAUCAAGUCUGGUGGAUACAAGAUCUCCGCCCUGGAGGUGGAGAGGAAGUUACUUGCGCUAGAUGACGUACAGGAGGUUGCCGUUGUGGGUAUUUCAGAUGAGGAAUGGGGACAGCGUGUGGCUGCUGUUGUGAAGCAGAGAGCUGGUACGGAGACACUAGAACUACAAUCCCUCCGCUCGCGCCUGAAGGAGGAGAUGGCACCGUAUAAAAUCCCCACAGUGCUGAAAAUCGUCGAUGGAAUUGAGCGCAACGCUAUGGGCAAGGUGAACAAGAAGACAAUCGUACAGAAAUACUGGCCCGAGCUGGCAUAA